AUGCCAACAGUAAAAAAGCUCAAAGUAAUGCCUGAUCAUCAUGCUUGGUCCGAAAUUAUUUAUAAUCAGCAUUUUCACUCACAAACUUUAAGUCUCUUUAAAGAACUUUUGAUGUUGGAAAAUGAAUCAAACAUUCUUCUUAUGCGAAUCUUUAGAAAUCAAUUUGAAAUUAUGCAAAUAGAUAUCAGAACAAAAGCCUAA